AUGAAUCGCUCAUAUUUUACGUUCUUCAGUGUUUCAUGUGGUUAUAAACAAGCGUACGAGCAAUUCUCGAUGGCAGUACGUGACAAAUAUCCCGAUAUGCCAAUUGAGGGCAGCAAUUACCCACCUGCAAAAUGGAAGGAAUAUCUUGCACAUGCAAUCAAUAUUUUGAAAAUAACCGCUAUCGCAGCUAUUGUUAGCGGCAGUAAUCCCUUCCAGCUCCUCGGUCUCGGUGAACCUGCUGUCAUGCAAUGGGCUCACUCUAAUAAGAUCUCAGCUUGUAUGAUGCUGUUUUUAUUGACAAACAUGGUCGAGAGCACGCUCAUGUCGACUGGAGCAUUUGAAAUCUAUCUGGAUAAGGAACAGAUUUGGAGCAAGCUCGAAAGUGGCCGUGUUCCUUCUCCGCAGGAACUUUUGCAGAUGAUCGACUCUCAGUUGGAGUUAUCUGGAAGGGGUUUUGGCGGCGGUGCUGGUUUCGGUGACUUUAACCAUUAA